AUGUUUACGGGUACGCUGCGCCUGAAGAUCUGCGAGGCGUGCGGUCUGCGACCCACGGACUUCCAGACGCGCCACACGAUGACAUUCGGCCGACUCGGGGACCAGCAGCUCAUCGAUCCGUAUGUCUCGAUAGACGUCGACCAGAACUUCAUAGACCGAUCCACGACAAAGCAGCGCACAUUCGAUCCGGUGUGGAACGAGAGCUUCAUCCACGAGGUGGAAAACGCCAACGUUCUCGGCAUGACGAUAUUCCACGAGGGUCCCAUCACGGACGUGUUCGUCGCCAACAUGACGAUCCCGUUCGACGAUCUGGUGACGCGGAACGAGAACGACCAGCAGGACUUUUGGAUUGACCUGGAGCCCCAAGGUCGGGUCCACGUCAAGAUCGACCUCCGGUGGAGCCAGGAGGCGAACAACAUGGCCGCCCAGCAGCAACAGCAGCAGCAGCUACAAAACUCGUGCCGUCGCACCGGCGUCAAGGAUCAGCCCUUCCUGAACCGACGACGCGGUGCCAUGAGAAGGCGCGUUCAUCAGGUUAAUGGCCACAAAUUUAUGGCCACGUUUUUGCGCCAGCCAACAUUCUGCUCUCACUGUCGGGAAUUUAUAUGGGGUUUAGGCAAGCAAGGAUACCAAUGCCAAGUGUGUACAUGUGUGGUUCACAAACGGUGCCAUAGUUCAGUCGUCACCAAAUGUCCAAAGAAGAAAGAUGAGCAAACCAGACCGACCCCGCAGGACGCGGCCCAGCGCUUCAAUGUAAAUAUACCACACAGGUUUUCAGUGCACUCGUUCAAACGGCUGACGUUCUGCGACCACUGCGGCUCGCUACUGUACGGCAUCAUCCGGCAAGGUCUCAAGUGCGAGGUGUGCAGCAUGAACAUCCACCGGCGCUGCGAGGGCAACGUGGCCAACAACUGCGGCAUCAACACGAAACAGCUGGCCGAGUUGCUCAACGAGAUGGGGAUCACCAUGGACAAGACACCACCUCGUAGAUCUAAGUAUUUAAACCAAGCGCCUAGCGACAACUCAUCCAUGUCGGAGCGCAGCGAGGACAGUUCGCUGGACUCCUUCUCGACCUCGAAGAGCAGCCUGGACACGGACCUGUCCCAGCAGGGCUCGGUAAUGUCCCAGCGGGCCGGGGCGACCUCGUCGAAGCAGGGCGGCGCAUCCACAUCUCAGGAGGAGGACGGCAGCAAUCGUUCGGCCAGCGGCGGCUCGUCCAUCGGCAAGACGUGCCUGACCGACUUCAACUUCAUCAAGGUGCUCGGCAAGGGCUCCUUCGGCAAGGUCAUGCUGGCCGAGCGAAAGGGCACCGAAGAGGUGUACGCCAUCAAGGUGCUGAAAAAGGACGUGAUCCUGCAGGACGACGACGUGGACUGCACGAUGACCGAGAAGCGAAUCCUGGCGCUGGCAGCCAAGCAUCCGUUCUUGACCGCGCUGCAUUCCUGCUUCCAGACGCCGGACCGGCUGUUCUUCGUGAUGGAGUACGUCAACGGGGGCGAUCUCAUGUUCCAGAUCCAGCGGGCACGGAAGUUUGACGAACCGCGGGCGGCAUUCUACGCCGCCGAGGUGACGCUCGCGCUACAGUUUCUACACCGUAACGGUGUAAUCUACCGCGAUCUAAAGCUGGACAACAUCCUGCUGGACGCGGAAGGCCACUGCAAGCUGGCCGAUUUCGGCAUGUGCAAGGAGGGCAUCAUCGGGGAUAAUCUGACGUCGACGUUCUGCGGCACGCCGGACUACAUUGCGCCGGAAAUUUUACAGGAGCUGGACUACGGACCCUCGGUCGACUGGUGGGCGCUGGGCGUGCUGAUGUACGAGAUGAUGGCCGGUCAGCCGCCGUUCGAGGCGGACAACGAGGACGAUCUGUUCGAGGCCAUCCUGCGGGACGACGUGCUGUACCCGGUUUGGCUGUCCCGGGAGGCCGUGUCGAUUUUGAAAGGCUUCAUGACGAAGAACGCGGCCAAGCGGCUCGGCUGCACCGACGGCGAGAACCAGAUCCGCACCCAUCCGUUCUUCAAGGACAUGGACUGGGACGCGCUGGAGCAGCGAAAAGUACGACCACCAUUCCGACCUCGAGUACGAAGUGCCCGGGACGCCCUCAACUUUGACACCGAGUUCACGAAGGAGGACCCAGUAUUAACGCCGGUGCCGAACGACAUCAUCCGGUGCAUCAACCAGGAGGAGUUUGGCGGGUUCUCGUUCGUCAACCACGAGUUUGGGCCGGAGCGGAAAAUUGUUUGUUAA